AUGGAGGACGCGUGCAAGCCGUCGAUGCUACAUCCGUGUCCGAAUCAACCGUCCAGCGGCUCCUUCUCCCCUUCCACCUUCGCCGCCGCGCUCUCCGUCUGCCUCAUCCUCGUUUUCACCGUCUCCGUCGCCGUCUGCAUAAUCCGACGGCUGAAAUUGUUCGAGAUCAAUCUCGACAGCCGCCCCGCGGCGGACCGCGCGCACCCGCGGGUGAUAUGGGUGCGGCAUCAGGACCAGAAGCCCGCGAAUCCUGGGCUCGACCGCGCCACGAUUCGCUCGUUCCCCGUGUUCACAUAUCGCGGCUCGGACGGUCUAGACGGUCUAGGGAGUGACGGGCUCCUCAUGGCGGAAGAUGGUCGUUCUGGUUACCCCGCAGCGUGCGCCGAGAAUUGCGGGGAAAAUUACCCCGAAAAUCACGGCGGUUCGCACGCGACCGGCCACGUAGUGAUUAUCGUCGCCAGCGACUCCGCGAAUCUUUGCGACGAUGAUGGAGUCGCGCCGGGGAGCGCGACAAUCAAUGCGGCGACAAUUGGCCCAAGUCAGUGCGACAGCCUUCCGCGCGGGCGUGGGCGCGCGGAGAGUCCGAAUCCGCGCGGGCCUGCGGAGAGGCUCACGCGCGAGUGCGCGGUGUGCCUGGGCGAGUACGCGGCGGGCGAGCGCAUCAAGGUGGUGCCGGCGUGCGCACACGGCUUCCACGCCGACUGCAUCGACCUCUGGCUCGCCGCCAAAACCACCUGCCCCAUCUGCCGCCGAGACCUCCGCGGCCCCGCCACAGCCCCCGCGCAAGAAAACCUAUUGCGGACGGAUCGCGGCGAGCCAAUCCCGCCAACUCCGCCAUCCCCGCCAACUCCGCCAUGCCAGCCAACUCCGCCAACUCCGCCAUCCCCGCCAACUCCGCCAACUCCGCCAUCCCCGCCAACUCCGCCAUGCUCGCCAACUCCGCCAAUUCCUCCAACCCCGCCAUCCCCGCCACAUCCCGCCAAUCCUGCCAUUCCCACCAUCCUUAUUCAAGAGAGCAGCUCGUAA